AGGUUUUGGGGUGAAUGUGUUUUGUCAGCAAUAUACUUAAUAAAUAGAUUACCUAAAACUGUGUUGAAAGGGAAGUCUCCAUUUGAAGUCUUUCACAAGCAUAAACCCGAACUUGAUCACCUGAGAAUAAUAGGUUGCCUAUGCUAUGCAACCAAAAUUAUUAAACAUGACAAGUUCUCCCCAAGAGCAACUGCUUUUGUUCUCAUGGGCUACUCUAUGACACAGGAGGGUUAUCUACUCUAUGACUUGCAAGACAAGAAGUUUUUAGUAAGUCGAGAUGUCAUUUUCAAGGAACAUGUGUUCCCUUUCACUAACCUGCAGGAUGGACAAUUACCUGUAUCUAUUGCACAACCACAAGUGACUACAGAUGUCCAGUCUAAUGAUCAUACUACAGAUGGCACUAUGCCCACUGAAGGGAUGGAAUCAAGCCAUGAUGAUACUAUUGCAGAUGAUGAUGUCCUUCCUGAUCCAAUUAUUAUUGAUUCCCCUGAUAUUGACCAUGUGGAUCCUCCUCAUGUCAUCAGAAAGUCCACAAGAUCUGUUCAUCCUCCAAUCUGGCAUAAGGACUACAUUACCACUACCAAGAGUUCUGACAUACAGCAAUCCCAUUCUAUGGACAACUAUAUGUCUUAUGCUCAACUUUCACCAUCCUAUCAAGCUUAUCUGUGUAAAACUUCAGUUCCCUUAGAACCUAAGACCUAUGAAGAAGCUUUCAAAGACAACAAAUGGAUCUUGGCCAUGCAGGAGGAACUACAGUCCUUGCAGGACAAUGGUACAUCGGAGAUCAUUCCUUUGCCUCAUGGCAAGUCUCCCAUUGGAUGCAAAUGGGUGUUUAAGAUCAAAUACCAAGCUAAUGGUGAGGUUGAGAGGUACAAAGCAAGACUGGUUGCCAAAGGGUACAAUCAGAUUGCAGGGAUAGACUAUCAAGAGACUUUCUCAAUAGUUGUGAAGAUGGUGACAGUCAGAAUCAUCCUUGUACUUGCAACAACUGAGAAUUGGGACAUAUAUAAGAUGGAUUUCUACACUGCAUUCCUGCAAGGUGAUCUCUCUGAGGAAGUGUUUAUGGAAUUGCCCCAAGGACUACAUGUUCAGAAGAAGCAGCAGCAACCUGUAGUUUGAAAGCUUGUCAAGUCCCUCUAUGGACUUAAGCAAGCUUCCAGGCAAUGGAACUUCAAAUUGACUGAGGCUCUAGUGACUUCUGUUUAUGAGCAAAGCCACCUUGACUAUUCCCUUUUCACAAAAAGAAAGGGAAGUAGUGUGGUAAUGAUUCUGGUAUAUGUAGAUGACUUGAUCAUUACUGGAACUGAUCAAAUACUAAUCCAAGAAACCAAGAGUGUGUUGCACCAUAACUUCAAAAUCAAGGACUUGGGGCAGCUCAGGUUUUUUCUUGGGAUUGAAUUUAGCAGGUCCAAGAAGGGAAUCUUGAUGAACUAGAGAAAAUAUGCACUGGAGCUCAUUUCUGAAGAUGGCUUAGCAGCAGGAAGGACAGCCUUGACACCACUUGAAUGCAAUGUGAAACUGACCACAGUUGAUCAUGAUGAUGGUGAGCUGUUUGUUGACAUCCACAAGUAUCAAAGACUGGUUGGCAAGUUCUUGUAUCUGACCAUAACCAGGCCUGACAUUGCAUACACUGUCCAAACUUUGAGUCAAUUCCUAUAGAAGCCUAAAAUUCAACAUUGGGAUGCAGCUUUGAGGGUGCUUAGAUAUAUCAAAAAUGAACCUGGCCUAGGAUUACUCAUGUCCUCUGAGAAGAGUAUGAAGCUCACAGGUUUUUGUGAUGCAAAUUGGGCUGCAUGCCCCAAUACAAGAAGGUCAGUUACAGGUUACUUAUUAAAACUAGGUGAUUCCCUCAUUUCUUGGAAGUCUAAGAAGCAGGCCACUGUCUCAAAGAGCUUAGCAGAAGCAGAAUACAGAAACUUAGCAGCUCUAACAGCAGGAGUGGUUUGGACCACUAACUUGUUCAAGGAGCUGAGGAUCACAAUUGAAAGGCCUGUUGCCAUAUUUUGUGACAGUAAGGCAGCAAUACAAAUUGCUACCAAUCCAGUCUUCCAUGAAAGAACUAAGCAUAUUGAAAUUGAUUGCCACUUCAUUAGAGAAAAGGUAACUAGUGGCUUGAUCCAGUCCAUCUACAUCAAUACCAAGGACCAGCAGGCUGAUCUACUGACCAAGGCACUUGGGAAGACUCAACGCGACACACUAUUGUCCAAACUUGGAGUCCUGAACAUUUUCAGUACACCUAGUUUGAGGAGGAGUAUUGCAGAUGAUGGAAUUGGAUGUUAGUAGGAUUAGAUUCCACAAUGUUAGCUUGCACCUAGUCUCAUCUAAUUAUAUCCAGAAUAGUUAGUUAGAGUUUGUUAGAAUGUGUUAGAGAUAUUAGAGUUAGUUAUGCAGCUGUCAUUGUCAUCACUGAUACAAGUCAGUUAUGUUAAAGCAGUUAUUAUUCAGCUUCAUUUCCUCUAUAAAUACAUAGUGUAGCUAUUGUAUGUAGAUUGCCUUUGAUAUUCAUCUAAUACAAAAAAGGAGAAGUUUCUCUCAGCUUUCAUAUACUCCUCCAAUGGAGAUUUCUUAGUUCCUAUCAUUUCAGAUCAAAUUUCUUCAGUAUCUUCCACACCUUGCCACUGCAUUAACCAGGACCAGUGAAUCAACAUUCUAAUAACAGUAGGGCAUAUGAGUAUCAUAUUUCCUACUAAAAAUCUCAAAGCAAUCAAGUUCUUACUUCAACUGUGUUCAACAUUACAUUUUCCGGUGUCGUUACCAGUCAAACCACCUUAGAGCUCAGGGCAACUCGAUCUUUUAUCCCAAUUCAUAUUAUUCAAUUAUUUGUUUAUUGCUCAUUUCUUACUAGUUACUUCACUAGAAUCUUGAAUGUUGGAGCUUCGAAAAUGAUGGAGUUCCAACGGUUAAACUUGAAGAAUAAACUAGCAUGCUUGCUUGAGAAUUGCAGGAGCAUGAGAGAUCUCAAGCAGAUUCAUGCCCAUAUCACUACAUCCCCUCAGUUCUUCAUCACUGACCGUUGGUUCUUAAUCUCUCGCCUUAUUUUCUUCUGUACAGUUUCUCAAUCAGGGUCUCUCAGCUAUGCUGACACCGUAUUCAGACUCGUUCCUCGAAAAACUCUCUUCAUUUACAACGCCAUGAUCAGAGCUCACGCUUCAAGAAUCCAUGACCCCAAUUCAUCUCAGCCCUUAAUUUUGUACAAACAAAUGCUCUUUGAUGGUAUUUCACCGGACUCUAUUACAUUUCCUUUCGUGUUAAAACAUUGCGCCAGCAGAGUUGAAGAAUUUGUCGGACCAAGUGUUCAUUCCCAUGUUGUUAAUUUUGGGUUUCACAGUGAUGUUUUUGUACAGAAUUCUUUGAUUACUCUGUAUUCACAAUGCGGGUCAGCAAGCAAUGCACGGAGGAUGUUUGAUGAAAUGUCUAACCGGGAUAUUGUUUCGUGGAAUUCUAUAAUAAUUGGGUGUUUGAGAAAUUCAGAGCUGGAUAUGGCUUUAGAAUUGUUUAGGAGAAUGAAGAAAAGGAAUAUUGUCACUUGGAAUUCAAUUAUCACGGGGUUCGUACAAGGAGGUAGGCCAAAGGAAGCUUUAAAAUUCUUUUAUGGAAUGCAAGUUUCUGGUGAUGAUAUGGUUAGUCCAGAUAAAAUGACAAUUGCUAGUGUGCUCUCAGCUUGUGCUUCUCUUGGCGCGGUUGAUCAGGGAAGGUGGGUGCACGAUUACUUGAAUGGAAGCGGAAUGGAGUGUGAUAUGGUGAUUGCGACAGCAUUAGUCGAUAUGUAUGGAAAAUGUGGGAGUGUUUCUAGAGCCCUUGAUGUUUUUAGGGCAAUGAAAAAUAAGGAUGUUUUGUCAUGGACAGCUAUGCUUUCUGCGUUUGCAAUUAAUGGGAAUGGCAGGGAGGCUUUCGAGCUUUUCUUGGACAUGGAAACGGCUGGAGUGAGACCUAAUGCUGUGACUUUUACUGCGUUGCUGUCUGCUUGUGCUCAUUCUGGCCUUAUAGAGAUAGGCCGCUGGUGUUUCCGUGUGAUGAGGCAUGCUUAUCACAUAGAACCACAAGUCCAACACUAUGCUUGCAUGGUUGACAUUCUUGGUCGAGCUGGUCUCUUUGAUGAAACAGAAGGACUAAUCAUAAAUAUGCCAAUGGAGCCAGAUGUUUUCGUAUGGGGUGCACUACUCGGUGGCUGUCAAAUGCACCAAAAUUUUCAGUUAGGAGAAAAAGUCGCCUGGUAUUUAAUUGCUUUAGAGCCUCUGAACCAUGCUUUUUACGUUAAUCUUUGUGAUAUAUAUGCCAAAGCUAGAAGGUUUGAUCAUGUGAAGGAAAUUAGAGCCUUUAUGAAAGAAAAAGGGAUUGAGAAGACCGUUCCUGGCUGCAGCACGAUUGAAGUUAAUGGAGUUGUCUGCGAAUUUUCUAUAAGAGGAUCACCUCAAGUUUUGAUGACGGAAAUAAAGUGUGUCUUAGCUAGUUUGAUUGAUGAGAUAGGAAGUAGUAGUAAUAUGAGCUUCGUUUUUGAAUGUUAAAGAGAGUUUUAUUACCAAGUGAACAAUACUUAUUUGGUUCUUCAGAGCAUGGCAUUCCAUCUGAGGACAUGAGAGUCAAUACUUUUCAUAUGCCAAGUGGUGAUCUUGUUUUUGCACCAGUCCAACUGAUUACUGGUUAGGGCUUUCACGGCCUGCUUUGCCUUCUAAUUGUUCAUGCUCCAAAAUGAAAAAAAGAAGAAGAGAGGAUUAUUGCGUCCAA